ACCUAUAUGAAUCUAUUUUUUCUUGAUAUUUAUUGCCGGAAAAUAUAUAGUCCGUCGUAUGUACAAAUUAUAGAUUUUCUGAACCGACCUCCCUAGAAAUAUAGUGACCUAGUUAUUUCGUGUGUCAUUAUAUCUAGAAAAUUACAGUGACACACUGGAUAAACACUUGAGUAAAUAUUGUGUUAAUACGCUUGAUAUUUUAUUUGUAUACAUUUUUUAAUCGACAGAAACUGCAGUAUGAUAUUUUCUUGAAAAUCGGUAAGAAUAUAUGCGUGAGAAUUGAAGUCAUAUUUGAAAAAGCAUAUAUCUGAGCGUAUAUUCUGCAUAUUCUGAGUGUAUUUAAAAAGUUAGACAUUUCCAGGUGUAAAGAAUGGCAGCGGUAUAUCCGACUCUGCCAAAACUGGCGGUCAGAGACAAUUUGGAUGACGAUGAUCUCACUGACAUUGAUGACGAAGUGUUCAUAAGGGAUGGCAGAAACGGUGGAUUGAAAUUAGACGACGAUGGCGGAGUAAAACGGCCUUUGAUGGCACCUCGCAGAAAAUGCAAAAAAUCCUGCAGCUUUCAGAACCACAAGGUUCCAUAUAAGGCAUUUCUUGUGCCAUUGUGCUAUGGAAUUACAGCGCUGAUUAUAGUAUUAGGCUUAAUUAUACUCUGUAUAUUUACUGCGAAUAUAUUUCCAAUGCCGUUAACUAUAUUAAAAAAUUGGCUAUCGCAUGAGUCAACAAAUACUACAAAUGAAUCGAAGAUAAUUUCCUGUACUUCUCUCUCAUCCAAAGUUUUGUGGGCCAGAUCAUUGCCAAAGUUAACAUCUGAGGCACCACUAAGAAGUAAUGAUGUUAACUCUGAUGGAAUUGAAGAUAUUAUUGUGGGAUUUAGCACAGAUGUGGAUAUAAUGGAUGAUCCGGAAUAUGCCUGUGUUAUAUAUUUCGGGAAUCAAACACCAUGUCUAGGUGGUGUACUAGCAUUGAACGGAAAAACAGGUGAUCUCAUCUGGACACAUUGGACUGCCCAUAAAAUAUUUUCUGUUCACUGUGAUGCAGAUUUGACGAGCGACAAUAUCAAAGAUUGUAUCAUAUCUGGACGUGGUGGGAUAUUGCAAGCCAUUCAUGGUCACGAUGGUUCUAAGAUAUGGGAGAUACCAAUUCAAGAUCCAGCAAUGUCUUCGGAGCAACAGAGAAUUUUGGAUGUUUAUGAUGCAAGAUUUAUACCUGAUAUGGAUGGUGAUAGUGUUGCUGACAUAACAGCAUCGCAUGUUGUGCAAUCAGAUAAUAUCCAAACGAGCAACAUACUUAUGAUAUCGGGAAGAAGUGGAGAUGUCAUACGCAGUAUUAAUUUACCAGAUACAGAACAGCUAUUUAUAGCACCGCAAAUCAUGGUACAUCCCGAUGGAGAAAACAUAUUUGUUCUGACUACAACCAGUCAGCAAGAUGCUGGUGGAUUGUACAUAGUGUCUCAAGCUAAUGUAUUUUAUGGUGAUUUGCAAUUACGAAAGCUCAGUUACAAUACCAAUAAAGGUGCAUUAUUGCCACCGAUCCUAAUCGAUAUUACGUCAGAUGGAAUCGUAGAUAUUGUCGCCGCUAUGUUCAAUUCUACAAUUAUAGCAUACAAUGGAUCCUCAUUUGAGCCUAUUUGGAAUUAUACAGUCCCCGACUCUGAAGUAAUUAGCAUCCCCAUUCCCGGUUAUUAUAAUGACGACGAUAUACCAGACUUUAUGGUGAAGCAUCAGAUAGGCGCUGGUUUGUCCACGUACUAUUAUACUGUGGCUACAGUCGUAGACGGUCGUAAUGGACAACCUUUGCUCGAAAAACCGAUGGAGGACAGCUUGAGUGGACAAAUGUCUGGAUUGUCAAUCACCGUCGAUGGAUUCGGUAACGAUUGGUUUUUACAUUGGUCCACUGACUGUUUAAACUAUGAAGGUGUCAAGGAGAAAUAUCAAUUUUUAAAAGGUCAGAGUCCUAUAUCACAAACGCGCAUCGAUCUCUGUCGUUUGAGGUUCAAUUCAACGCUCACCAUGAGAUUGUUAGCCCUGAGUCAACACGUUGGUCCACCCGGACAAUCAUUAUAUUAUUCAGAGGAAUGGAAGUCAGUGGAAUUCAAUAAUUCAAACGAGUUACGUAACAUACCGCUUGUUUCCGAAAGAUCACCGAGAAUCCAUAAGAAUCACCGGAAAAAUAGUAUUUUUAAGCACAAAAAUAAUUUACUCGAAGAGAUUGGUAAAUAUGAACCGGCUGCGGUAUACGAAAAUUUUGAUGAAUUUAAGAGCCAUAAGAAACACAAUCCUGAAGAUAAUAUCGAGGAGAAUUUAGAUGUAGAUCGAGAAUGGAAGUCGGAUAGUAACAAAUGGACAGAAGAUGAUAUACAGUCGGAUAAAGAAUACGAUGGUCUAUACGGAAGUGAUAAUGGUAAUAACGAAGAUGGACAAGAGAGCGAUUAUCCGCAAACUGAAAUGCGAGAGCAGAGGAGUAUCAUCAGUGUAGAUAAAGAUUCGAUGAAUACUUCUCGUGAAGGACCCAUCUCCAAAGAAAUUAACAAUUACUCGACACCUGUAUUGAUCCAACGUAAUUUGCGAUUGAACAUUGAGAAUAUUAAUCUAGGAAAAAAGAGAAAAAUUAAAGAAAUUAAUGAUAAAAAAAAUGUCUCGGUGAACAAAGUUGAUACAAUGAAUGUAUCUAUGACGUCAACUUCAAGUUUUGAAGAUGAAUUGUCAUCAACUAUGACGAACAAUGAUUCAAAUAUCGAAAGGACAACACAGAGUGCAUUAAAUACAUCAGUUCUCACAAGCGAAUUAGAAAUCGAGAAUAUAAAUACUGAAUUGCCAGAAGACACACGUACUGAAACAUUAAAUGUUACAAAAAUAAUCAUCAAUCAUCAAAAUACAACUUCUGCUAUUAAGAAAAUCGAUGUGGCAAAGCGAAGACAGAUUUAUAAACCUAUUUUCUCCAACAUUGUCCAAGACGCGGACGAUGACGCUAGUAUAGAAAAGGUGUUUAAACGAGAAUCAUUGAAAAAUCAAAAUAAAGACAAGAUUAGAAAAAAGCCAUCGAUAACCGACAAAGAUUUUAAAAUACGGCAAAGGCGAAGAACUAAACGAAACUCCGGAACUGAUGAUCGAUCGAGCGGUAUUAAUGGUAUUCAGAUGCAGCCGCCAACCGGUAUUCUCUUACCAUCUAUCGCUGAAUCCACAGAAAAAACUUCAGUGGACUUAGUAUUCUCUACAUUCUGGCUGCCGUCAUCCGAGACGCCUGUGAUCUUAUCUCAAGCUGAUCAGGAGUGCAUUCGUAGAAAGAAAACAUUAUUAGGGAAUAAAUUACGAUAUAUGAAGGAAAGUGAAAUCAUAAGUGACUGCUUAUCCGAACGAGAUGUUGAUUACAGAUUGUAUCAAGAAUCAAUGGAUAGAGAAAAUAUCAAAAUAAGAUUUGCGUUUGGUCAAAUGACAAUAUACAGAAUGAAGUUGGAAUGCGUAUGCCCAGAAGAUAUGUUACCUAAUCAAACAUGCAAAAAUAUUUCGUUACAUCAGAGCUGGCCUGAGCAUUUAGGUUCUUUUGGAAAUGGUUAUUUUAAACCAUUACGCAGAUUAAAUGUCUAAAGAAACUACGAGAUCCUAUUGAAUGAAUUAUUAAGAAAACUUUUUUAUUGCAAUAUUCUCUAAUAGAAUCGUUAAUGAUUAAUGGAAUUAAAAAAUUCUCAAAAAGCGCACUGUUUGUAAAAGCAUACAGUAUGAUCGUAAUUUUAAUCAAUUGUUAUAUAAAAGUAAUUUAUAUUAACAUUUAUAUGC